AUGGAGCGCGAUGUGCCCGUCUCCGAGCCUGACCACGAGAACCGCCACGUUUUGGUCCCCUUUUUCGGGUCGCCAGGUUCAGAGACCCAGCUGAAGUGGGCAGGCCGUCGCCUGGAGACAGACGUGUGUGUGGCGGGUCAACAGGCCCCCGACCCGGAUGUCAUCCAGAACUACGUGAAGAAGAUCCAGGAUGCGGCAGAGCAGGGUGUUCUGUUUGUGGGCUUCCUGCAGCAGCCUGGUGGGGGACCUUGUUUCCUGGGACACAUGGACCCUGAAGACCUGUCCUCCCUGCACUCCAGCCCCUCCCCCAUACGCAGACACCCCACCAGUACCACUGUCAGCACCACGGCCAGCCCCUCAGAAUCCACUAUACCAGACCUCAUCCCUACAGAGUCUACGGAACCCCACCAGAACCUCUUAGAACCAGAACACGACCGGAACACAGAACUGAAAACACCAGAAUACAAGUCGGUAGAACUCAGAACAAUUGAACAGAUUCCUACAGAUACCAGUCAGGUGGAGCUGGACAUGAGCUCAACAGAACUGGUAGAGAACACGCAGGACUCUACUGAAGUAGAAUCAACAGACAGGGAACACAAUCACAGUCCAGUCAGAAUACCCUCAAUAGAGGAUCAACCAAACCAUAGUCCAGAUGAAGCAGCAAACCCACCAGAGAGACUGCAGAGUCCCAACCCAAUCGAUCCAGCCUGUGACCACCACAACCAUGUCCCAACUGAACUCAAUAGCGACCAGGAUCAACUACAGUCCUGCAACCCAAUAGAGACCACAUGUAUAAAGAGACAUCAGAAUGAAAGCCAAGUAGACUUCAUCAGGACUCUACUACCAAACUUCAGCCCAGCAGAGUUAACAGAUGGACUUGGUGGUCCAGACGCAGACAGACGGCGCCAGGGAGACAGACAGAGUCCAAGCCCUCAGACACAGAACCAGAGACUGAUACCAAAACAGGACCAUGGCACAGACAACCUGGUCCAGUCACCAGAACUAGACAACGGCGACCGGGGGUCGGAAUCCUGGACUGAGAGGGGGUGCAACCAUGGAAACAGGGGUACGGGGGGUGACCUGGAUAAGUAUCAGAGAAGCAGCAGAGUCCCGCCCCACAACAACAACAAUCACAUUCGGGUCAAGAGUCCAGACAGAGAUAAGAGGGCUGUGGGGUCCCCACCAGCACAGAGCAGAGGGCAGCUGUUUGCCCUGUACAACCACACAGGGGAGCUGUCCAGCUCUCUGAGGUUCUACUCCUUCAGGGUUCCACUGGGGAUGCAGAGAGAGGCGGGGCUAGUGACAGAGGUUGAUGCCCACUGGCUAGAUCACAUGACCCAGCAUUUCAUCAGUGGAGCUCGCCUCAUCGACGGUUUCUUUCACCUUGGAGACGACAAUGACAGUGGGGUCUCCUCUGUGGACAUUGUGUUCAUCUUUCAGAGCUCCUCAGAAGAAACCCCACCCACUUCAUACGACGCCAUCGUGGUGGAGCAGUGGACCAUUGUCGAUGGGGUAGUGGUAAGGACUGACUACAUUCCCUUGCUCCAGUCUCUGGCUCCCUAUGGCUGGAGACUGAUGUGUGUUCUGCCUACUCCCAUCGUUAAGACCAACAGUGAUGGCAGCUUGUCCACGAAGCAGAUCCUCUUCCUCCAGAGACCUACCCUGCAACGCAAAAGGAAAGACUUCAAGAAGUUGAACCUCAGGGGUCGGAACAAGGCGAAGAAAAACUCUGCCGGAGAAAUGCUGAAAGAGGAGAGAAAGAACAUGUCCCCAGUGAUGGAGAGAGGGAUGGAUGAACAGAAGAGGAACACGGAAGAGGAGGAGAGCGAGGCGAGAAGAAACUGGGACAACAACAGAAAUGAGAAAGGGAGCGCCGUAGAGAGAGGAAGACUCAAGAGAGAAGAGGAGGAGAGAGAGUGUGAGACAGAUUCUCAAGAAGUCUUCCCGCAGAGUACAGAGGGUGUGGCCACAGACCUCAACCAGGAAGUAGAGUGGGAGAAUGGCAAAGUCCCAUUGGCCAGACAGGAGAAGGCUGUUAGGUUUGCGGAUGUCAAUCAGAAGAAUGAUGAAGUGAAGUCAGAGGAGAAGAUCACACAGCAGCUGAGUGAAAGAGCGCUGUUUUCUGGAGUAUGUUAAUUAAGAACUGACAGAUAGAAUCCGUGCACAAUAAAGUGUCAGAGGAGUGCUGGGGUGUAUUCAUUAUGGCGAUUCUGUUGCAAAACAUUUAAUCUGUUGCUAAACAUUUUGCAAAUUGUUUGCUCCAAACGGAAAAUGUUUUGCAACGGAAACGAGAGUUUCUAUUGGACAAAAUCAGGUAGGUCCCUCCCCGUUUCAUUCCACUUGCUCGGUUUGCUUCCGCUUGGUUCUUAAACGGUUUCUGUUAAUGGACGUAAUGAAUGCCCCGAUGAUCUAGGUUCAGUUCUAUCUCCUAAAUCAUAAUGAAUAAGCAGGGGUAACUGAUUCUAGAUGACGCUUUGUGAAUACAGGCCCUGACCUGGUUUCAAAUAGUAUUUGAGUUUGCAUGGUGCCUUGCCUGGAUGGAACCAAUGGAAUAUUUCCAAACCCAGCCCACAUGACACUCUAGGCAGGCUUGAACAAGUUGUAAGAUUUCAAACUAUUUAGUCCCAGGACUGGAAGUAAUAAAUAUACAGUAUAGCAGAAGAUGAAGAACUAUGUGUAUAUUCUAAGAACUAGUAGCUCAUCGAUGGAAACCAAGGAACUUACCAGAAUGGUGAUUUAGUUCAAAGCCUUUAUAUUCCUGGUAUUGUCAUAUAUAGAUUUCCAUAUGGAUCUGUGUAUGUUCAUAUGGACUGCUUCCAACAUGUAAUGGCUUCAAUCAGCCUUCAAGGCACACAUUUGACCUGUUGCCUCAGAUGUUGUCAUGUGGAGUAGGGUGAAGUGUCCCCUAGACGCUGAUUUUGGGUCAGUUUAACAUUUCCUCCACCAAUGGUUAAGAUUAGGAUUGGGGCAGGGAAGCUGAUCCUAGAUCUGUACCUAUGGGAAACUUCACCCCAGAGUGUUGUAAUGUACUAGCCUAUUAGGCAUUAAUAUAUGGAAGUGCAUUUGUAUAGUUGUUAUGCAUCUGCUUUUGGCCAGUGUCAUUAGUUCAUGUAAUGGCCAAUGAGAAUGCGCACAUAAUGUAGGUCAGGAUUUUGAGGUAAGAGCCUUAAUUGCCAUGGUAACAUCAAUGUUUUUCUCCUACCUAUGGAUCACUGUUUAUAGAUCUAUAUGUAUCAAAGAAUACUGUACAUUUGAGUAGAUACUCUACUUCUCUAUUUAACCCAUUAUAGUCAAGGUCUACGGCCCUGAGUGUGUACUUAAUCUGCAUAUCAUGAUUGGAUAGGUGUCAUGGUUCCACUGCAUAGCUUUCACCUAUCAUGUUGUGUCAGGUCAGUGAUUAUACUUUACGGAAGGGAUUUACGGAGUACGUUUUAGGAAUAUUUGUACGCCGCCUUAGUCCCCUUCCUUCUCUGGAAGUGUGUUGUGUGAGUGGUGUGGUAAGUAAGUCUUUGGUAGUAUCCCAAAUGGACACAUAUUCCCAUUCAAGGUUGGUCAAAAGCAGUACACUAUCUAGGGAAUAGGGUGCUAUUUGGGAUUUAACCUCCUGACAGACAAACAGGAGGAAUAAA